UUUAAAAUUUCUCCCUCCCCUCCCGUGCUGAAUCACAAAUGGAUAGCAUCAAGAAUUUUGUUUUUUAUUUGAUGAAAAUAUGAAAUUAGAACAAGAAUUUCAAGAAAUCCAAAGAGCUAAACUCUGUUCUUUAACUCUUAAGUUGUAUAUUCUUUAUUAUUACUUUUGCAUGUUGCACGCGCAAUGCUUCUACGGAUCCAGAUAUCAGCACACUAAAUACCACAAACAAACUAAGAAUCAAUGGGCACGUGAUGAUCCUGCCUUCAUUGUUAUAUGCAGUCUUCUUUUGUUGGUUUCUACAUUAGCGUACUGUGCUGCGUAUGAUCACAGUGUGGGGCAUACAAUUUUUGUGGUCAUUUCUAUUUUUCUUUUUCAUUUUUUUAUAACUGGAGCUGCGUUGUCAACAUGCUGUUGGUUCUUGACCAACAAUUAUCUUAGAGAGGAAGCUCCAAACAGUCAUGUGGUGGAACAACGGGUAGAAUGGUUGUAUGCAUUUGAUGUCCACUGCAAUUCUUUCUUCCCAGUGUUCAUCAUGCUCUACGUUUUGCAUUAUUUUAUAUCCCCAAUUUUGGUUGCUCACGGUUUCAUUCCCCUUUUACUGUCGAAUGUGCUCUUCAUGGUUGCUGCCUCCUACUACCACUACCUCAACUUCUUAGGCUAUGAUGUAUUGCCCUUCCUGGAAAGGACCACUUUUUUCUUGUACCCAAUUGGCAUAGUUAUUGUCCUUUCGCCUAUUUUUAUAUUGAGUGGUUUCAACCCAUCAAGAUAUUUCAUGAACCUGUAUUUUAGCAGAAUUUUAUGAUCGCGGCCAAAUUUUGAGCGACCUGGUGAGUGAGUCAUAUGACAUUCUUGUGGGGUGGGUGGGGGGGUCUGUAGUUGCGUGUCGUUAGCGUAUCUUAGCUCAGAUUGGAACUUGUUAAAAUAUCUGCCACUCUGGUGUGGACUUUUACAUUAUUAGGGGACAGAUAAGGAGUAGAGUAGCUUAUUCAAUAUGAGUAUAUAUAAUUCGCAGUUUACCUCUUCU